UGCUUGGACACAUUUUACCCGGUCCUAUCCCCUACAUCUCAACUGAGUGGAAAAGGAGAGAGUGGGACUGGUGGGUAGGUGGAUACUUUCGGCACUAAUAGCCACCAGGCUUUGAAAUAUGCAACCCCUAUUGGGCCCACUUCCUGAAAACAUUCCUUUUAGGGAAAACAGAUAUCAGUGAACAUUCAGCAUAGGGAACUUUGAUCUCAUCUGCCCCCAGCCAAGAGUGGCAAUAAUCGCUGGGCAGAUUCCCUUCAACAAAAUUACUGAGCAUUUACUAUGUGCCAGGGACUGGGCAGAGAGGAGUAAGACCUGGUGAUGCCCUCAGCACAAAACCAAGGACUGAGAAUUUUUCCCCAAGGAGGAAAGCCCCUGAGCCUUUCAGAGGGGACAGAUGGGAUGGCCCAUCUGAUUCCAGAAUCCCCACUUAGCUGCUUUCCUGGGAAUCCUCUAGAGAGGAUCUGGAGCAGUUCUUGACCAGUGCAGGGUAGAGCUCACCUACAUCGUGUCCCUGAACUCUGAGCCCCUGGUCCCCAGGACUUUGCUGCUCUGUCCAGCCAGAGGCAGACAAGCCCCUGGCCACCUUGGGAUGAGAUGUACUUCCCCAAGUUCUAUCAGCUCUUUACAGAAGCCGAAGGGCCUGAUGACAGGUCUGGGACCACUGCCCUAUGUGGAGCUAUCAGGGUACCCAAGCACCCGGUUUAUAGUCAUAACUCCUGCCCCAAGGUGUGCGCAUAGGUCAGGGUCUUACCGCAGGGACCUGAGCCCAUGGAGAUGGGGCCUGCUGUCAAUGGGGCUGUGGCAGGCUGGAGUAUGGCAGCCAUUUUGACCUCAUGCCAGGCCCAGGGCCAAAGAUACGUGGUCCUUAACCUCAAGAAGGCACAGACCAAACCCCCCUUACCCCAACAUUUUCAAGCACAGUGGGAGUGCAGUAGGGCCACUUCCCUGCCUGGUGCUCUAGUCUCUGUGCCUACGAGGCCUAGGUCACACAUCACCUUCCUGAGAAGCCCUGAGAAAAGGAAUUGGGCCAAACGGCUUCAGCAUCCAGGACUCCACAACCCAGAGCGGCCAAAGCAGUACAUUUAGGUGAACGGAGGGUCCUGGGGCUCAUCGAUGCCCCUAGCGCUCCCCAUCCACCUGGCUGGCAAAAAGCCUUAGGACAUUAUUACCCUGUAAUUUCUAGCCAGAGGUGGCUAGCUCAGGGCUGGGGAGCAGAAGGUGCCAGGCUCACCCGGCUUUCUGGAAAAGACCAGAAGAUAGUGUCAAAGGACCCAUGUCGGGUUGCAGGGAACUGACGCCCGAGUUCCAGAGGGGGAGUCCCUUGGUCGAGGAGGCCGGGCUGCGCACCCUCGUCAAGUGCAAGGGUGUCUGGAGGUUCUUCCGCCUCGACACUUCCCCACAUGGACGCCCUCCGACUCCUCUGGGUUCCCGAGCGCCCUAGGGGUACUCCUUAAAGCAACCUAAACGCUACCGCACCCUUCCGCAGGCGGAUCCCCUCCAGCCACAGCCUUAAGGCACUAAGCGCGCCGCGCACGCGCACCGAGCUCAGCGACAGCCCCACCUCUUGCUUGCCUCGACCCACCCCUUCCGCCCUCCGGUGGGGGCUCAGCGCGGCUUCCGCCGGAAACCUGGAAUCGAGCCGGAAAUCUAGCUCGGAAGUUGUUGUGUGGGUGCUGCUGCUCCCUCCUCUCGCUUCCCGUUUCCAAAUUUAGGUUUUCGCGCGGAACUCUAGCAAGGUCCUGAGACUCCACGCCACCCCCCACAUUCCAAGUUCGGCAGCAAAUUACUGCAGAACCUGAAGCCAGGGAAGGAACCUGUUUCCGGCCUCACCUCCCACACUCUCCUGCCCUUCCACCUGCCCCCUCUGCCGCCCUGACCAUGGCCCAGAAGCCGAAGGUAGACCCCCACGUCGGGCGCCUGGGAUACCUGCAGGCACUGGUCACGGAAUUCCAGGAGACGGAGAGCCAAGACGCCAAGGAGCAAGUACUGGCCAACCUCGCCAACUUCGCCUAUGAUCCCAAUAACUACCAGUAUCUGCGGCAGUUGCAGGUCCUUGAUUUAUUCCUCGAUUCCCUGUCGGAGGCGAAUGAAACCCUGGUGGAGUUUGCAAUUGGAGGCCUCUGCAACCUGUGCCCAGACAGGGCCAACAAGGAGCACAUCCUGCAGACAGGGGGCAUCCCGCUCAUCAUCAACUGCCUGUCCAGUCCCAACGAGGAGACCGUGCUAUCUGCUGUCACCACGAUCAUGUACCUGAGCUCACCAGGGUCUGGCUCCCACCCUGAGCUAACCGCCAUGCCCGUGGUCCAGUGCAUGCUGCGCUUCUCUCUCUCGGCCAACACGAGGCUCCGGAACCUGGCCCAGAUCUUCCUGGAAGACUUCUGUUCCCCAAGCCAGGUGGCAGAAGCCCGCACCUGGAGGGCUCACUCUGCCCUGGGUAUCCCACUGCCAAGGACUGAGGCCCCACAGCAGCCCUGAUCCAGGGAGACCUCAUAGCCAUGAUACCCUGACUACUAGAGAGGAGGCCACAAUCCUAGUUGGGGCUCAGGGAGCAGGAGCAGCCUGGCUCCCACUGAGCAUGUUCUCCCCAAAAGGUGUCCUUUCAGCUAUUUUAAAGGUGAGUCUUCUCAGCGUGACAGGUUAUUUACACUGUGGUGAGGGGCAUUGAGAGAAGAGGCCAGACUUUGAGACACAUGGAGGAGAGCAAAGGCAAUGCCAUUUCCAUAGUUUGGCACUCUCAACCAGCUGAAGGUCAAGCUCCUGCCUCCUGCCCCCACCCCCAGUGCCCCACUGCCAGGCUGUCAACCUCCUGUGAGAAGCAGCUGGGAUCCUAGAUUCAGAGGCUUUACAGAAGGGGCUUUUCAUGAGGAACAGCUGGGCCUGGGAUUAGACUUGCUUGUGCUUGAGGAAACAGGAAUUCUCCUUUAACAGAAGUACCUAAAAUAAUCUUGAGGAACAAAUGAGAAGCCAGCUCAGGGCCCUGGGAAGGUGUCAUGCCCACUCCAGGGCUACGGAGCCUGGGUACCUGCACUGCCAGCUCCCCAGGCUGGGCGCUGGGCGUGCUUGAUGCCGGCCUGGAGAACUCUGUGGCCCACAAACAGUUUAUCCACACGGGCCUAUCUGCCAGACACCAUGGCGUUUCAAAGACAAAGAUGUGGUCUCUUUUUUUUUUUAAGAUUUUAUUUAUUUGUCAGAGAGAAUGCACAAGCGGAUGGAGCGGCAGCAGAAGCAGGCUCCCCGCUGAGCAGGGAGCCCGAUGUGGGGCUCGAUCCCAGGACCCUGGAAUCAUGACUUGAGCAGAAGGCAGACGCUUAACCGACUGAGCCACCCAGGCAUCCCGUUUUUUGUUUUUGUUUUUAAUUAAAAAUUUUUUUAAAGGUUUGAUUUGA